AUGGAUGGAUUGUCAGCAGUAUACAACUUCAAUGCCUUCGAUGAGAAGUACGCUUUUAAUGAUGAUGGCUUCUUUACCUACAGUAGUACAGAGCAGAAGCGAGUUGAAGAACUUGCCAGAGAACAGGCCCGAAAAUUCGUUGACGCUUAUUUGGAUAGUGUGGAUGAUGAUUCAGAAUAUGCGCCGACAUUGUGUAGAACACUGCACACUAGACUUGUCUGUCGAUCUUUAAAGCAGUUGGGAAGGUCAUGUGCACAUCUCGAUGCAUCGCGGCCAUGGUUCUGUUAUUGGGGGAUGCAUAGUUUAAGGCUUUUGGAGUCAUCACUCGAUGAAAACUUAGCUUCUGGCAUUGUUCGAUUUUUGAAGACUUGUGAAUGGCCUACUGGUGGAUAUGGAGGUGGCCCAGGGCAGUAUCCACAUUUGGCAACAACAUAUGGUGCGGUGAUGGCACUACUAAGCAUCGGUACUGAUGAAGCGCUUGCAAGUAUUAACAGGAGAACUCUGAGAGAUUUUCUGCAUUCUGUGAAACGUCCUGAUGGUGGAUUUGGAUUACAUGUUGGCGGUGAAGCUGAUAUUCGAGGAUCGUACUGUGCUCUUGCUGUCGCUUCUAUUACAGAUAUUUUAGAUGACUACUUAAGGAAAGAUGCAGAUAGUUGGAUUAUCAGCUGUCAAACAUAUGAAGGUGGUUUUGGUGGCGAACGGUGCUGUGAAGCACAUGGCGGUUACACGUUUUGUGGAGUAGCGGCAUUAAUGCUACUGGGAAAAAGUGCAUUGAUUCAUGCGCCGUCACUAUACAAAUGGCUUGCCCAAAAACAAAUGAAAUUUGAAGGAGGAUUUCAAGGUAGGACAAAUAAAUUGGUUGAUGCUUGUUAUAGUUUUUGGCAAGCUGCUGUAUUUCCACUGUUGGAAGUUGCCCAGCUUGCUGUGGGAAGUAAAAUCUGUUCAUCAUUUGAUGGAAAAGCGUUACAAGAAUAUAUUCUGGUUGCCUGCCAAGAUACCGAAAAUGGUGGCUUACGAGACAAACCAGACAAACCAAGUGAUUUAUACCACACGUGUUACGCUUUGAGUGGGCUUUCUAUUGCACAGUAUUAUACAACGGAUUCUAUUGUUGGUGGAGAAAUUAAUCGUUUGGCAAGAUUGUCGCCAGUAUAUAAUAUUUGCGUGGGUGCCGAAAGGAAGGCACGAGAAUAUUUUGGGAAGCCAAAAUGA